AUGACGGAUUUCUCUGCGGUGUGGCGAACAAAGCCGAUGUCAGUCAUCCAAGCCGAGGAAAUCUCGCAGGACAUUCCACGCACAUUAACUCUCUUUGACCUGUGCUGUGUAGGUGUGGGAGCCACCAUUGGCAGUGGUGUCUUUUCUACUGCCGGAUCAAUGAUUAGCGAGACGGCUGGUCCUGCUGCCGUAAUCAGCUGGCUUAUCGGCGGCAUUAUUUGCUGCCUCAACGCUUUUGCGUACAUGGAAUUAUCGACGCGCGUACCGUCUUCAGGAAGUACAUACGCGUACGCCUACUACACGAUCGGCGAGCUGCCUGCUGUCAUCGCCGCGUGGCUGCUGACUCUCGAGUAUGCCGUGUCAGGUGCUGGCGUGGCGCGUAGUUGGGGAGAUAAGGUUGAGGAAUGGCUUAUGGUCGAGUACCCUGACAAGAGCUUCCGUUGGCUGAACCUGCCGUUUGCUAAUCUAAGUGGUGGACUUAUUCAAUUCCUAAGCAUGGUGGUGCUGCUGAUGGGCGUGCGAUUUGGCAAGGUCUUUGUGAACACCGUCACUGUAAUCAAGAUGAGUGUCGUGGUGUUUAUUAUCAUUGCUGGGUUUGCUGCCAUGAAUCCUGACAAUCUGUCACCUUUUAUACCCAAAAGUACCGAGCGAAAUGGUAUAAUGGCCUUUGGGACGCAAGGCAUUAUCACCGGCGCUUCACACGCGUUUUUUGGAUACGCCGGUUUCGAUGAGGUUUGCUGCCUCGCCGGCGAGACCAAAAACCCCAAGAAGACCAUGCCUAUUGCUAUCAUGGCUACUGUGCUAUGCACAAUGGUGCUGAGCGCAUUGUGCUCUCUUGUGCUGGCCGGUAUGAUCGCUUUCACUGAGGCAGCCAGCUUCGGUGACGGAUUUGAGGGCCACGGCUGGAAAUGGGCCGGCACUGUUGUGCGUGCUGGUGAGGUGGUCACCAUGCCUGUAGUGGCACUCAUUGGCUUCCUGGCUCAGCCUCGCUUAAAUUACGCACUUGCUUGUGACGGGCUUCUGCCGCGCAUCUUUGCUGAAGUAAACUCUAAGGGCAACUUGUUUAAGAACACGCUUAUCACGGGUCUGUUCUUCACGGUGAUUGCCAUCGUGGUGCCCUUCGAUACUCUGUGGGAUAUUGUGAACUUUGGUGUUAUGAUGUCGUUCAUUGUUGCCAACGUGUCGCUAAUGUUAGCGCGUAUGAGACCUCAGUCACCAAACCUGGCCGCCAUUCUCGUCGUCGCACUGGUUAUGACUGCUGGGUGUGCAGCAUUCCUGUACCAGGAGGGAUACGAGAACAACUCGUCCCUAGCGUGCCUGAUUCUUGCUUUCGUCUUUCUUGUGAUUACUGUUGGAAUCUCAGUGGCGCUCUUUGUCAAGUGCCCGCAAACUGCCAAUAUACCGGGUCUGUUCGCUGCUCCGCUCGUGCCGUUCAUUCCGAUGACGUGUAUCCUCGCCGACUGGUAUAUGAUUGCACAAAUCAGCCACCUGGCACUGGGUCUUAGUGUUGCUUGGAUGGGUGCCGGAGCGCUCUCGUACUUUGUAUACGGCUUCUUUCAUGCAGAGUCACGCAACAACUGGAGUCGGUUAAUGGGUCAGAACCUGCCUACGCAUGGAGACAGCCUCUCUGUCCACAUGCUCUCGUCCAAGUACACGAUACACGAGCUAAAGCUUUCCGCCGUUUAG